AAGAUGCUGCUGCUCUUGCUUGCUCUUCGCAUAAAAAUCAUCCAAAAUCCAUCUCUCCCUGACUCUCUCUCCUUGCAGCAAUCUAAUUCUAAACCAUGGCGGAGAAGCUCAGUGAUGGCAGCAGCAUCGUCUCCGUCAAUCCUAAACCCUCCAAGGGUUUCUCCUCUAAGCUUGUUGAUCUUAUCGAGGGACUUGUCGUCAAGCUCAUGCACGAUGCUGCUAUCCCUCUCCACUACCUCUCCGGCAACUUCGCUCCCGUCCGUGAUGAAACUCCCCCCGUCAAGGAUCUCCCCGUCCAUGGAUUUCUUCCCGAGUGCAUGAAUGGUGAAUUUGUGAGGGUUGGUCCAAAUCCCAAGUUUGAUCCUGUCGCUGGAUAUCACUGGUUUGAUGGAGAUGGGAUGAUACAUGGGGUCCGCAUCAAAGAUGGGAAAGCUACUUAUGUUUCUCGAUAUGUUAAGACAUCACGUCUUCAGCAGGAAGAAUAUUUCGGAGCUUCCAAAUUCAUGAAGGUGC